AUGCCCCCCUCUCCUCCCACAGCAACCGCGAAUCCCUCANACCUUCCCACCCCGCAUCCUAGAAAUAACCCACCGCUCAACCUUCGGCUUCUACACCCACACCCCCAUGCCCCCCUCUCCUCCCACAGCAACCGCGAAUCCCUCACCCUCUCGCAGACCCUCUACCCCCUCUCCUUUGGCUCCUGCAUGCACGACCCACACACACGCAUCAACUUCACCAUCGACACGCUCUACCUCCCGGUGCCAGUCUCGCAAUACCUCGAGCACUUCAUCGACGUCCUCAGCGCGCGCGAGGCCGCCGCGCUGCGGUACCUUGCCAUCGACUCCCGGGCGCUGGAAUGCGAGAUCGUCAACAUGGCGGCGUGCAUGCGGCGGGUGCUGCGAGCGUUGAAGGGGUUGGAGAGCUUGUUCGUCGUGUAUGAAUUACCCGAGAUGGGACGGAGUCGGGAUUGUUUCGAGGCGGCGUGUUUGAGAUUCGUUCCGCAUGUGCCUUUUGAGAUUAUUGGGUCCCCGCGGAUUCGCGAUUUGACGCGCGAGUUUGCUCGGAAUGAAUGGGAGGGUUUGGAUCGACCUUCUCCAUCGGCUUUGGCUACUGCUUCUCCCUCGGCUCCUACAGGUCUACAGACAGAUCAGAACGCGGAUAUGUCCUCACCCCCGAACCCCCUUCAACCUCCCCCACGGAUAGAGUAUCACGAGUGGUACCCGUCUACGGCUGGCGCGACCGUCACUGCUCGAAUCGCGAAUCCGACUCGGACUGGCGACUCGGACUGGUCCGAGCGAGGCCGCUGGACCGACAACAACUGGACCGACUCCGAGGACGACGAGGAUGAGGAGGAUAACGGGCUGGGUGAUUGGGAAACGUAUGACCCGUAUGGGUACGGGGAUGCAGAAUCCGACCAUCACGAUGAGUCUGAUUCGUAUGGCCCGUUUGGGAUGGAUGUCGUGGGUUAUGCUGCGGCGCUGAUGAUGGGGCAUGAGAUGCUGGAUGGGAUUUAUACUGAUGAUGAUGAUGAUGAUGAUGAUGAUGAUGAGGAUGAGUAUGGGGAGAUGGGUGAUAGUAAGGCGAGCGAGGAUGACGACGACGACGACCUUCCUGAUGUAAUUCCUGUUGACGAGUUAUAG